AUGGAUGUGUUCGUGAGAUCAGUGCUGGAUGAAUUUCGAGAUCGCAAAAUCAGUUACGAAGCCGAGAAGCUGACCGGACAAGAGCUUGUUGAUUAUGUGAACAGUCAUCAGAAAUUAUGGAAGGCGAAGCUGAACACAAAAUUUGCGGACUAUUCACGUCGAGUGCAGUAUGGUUUGAUGGGUGUUAAGCACGUUUACUUAUCAGCUGAAGAUAAGAAGCAUCUGUCGCCAACGCGUCGACUCGAUAUGUACAUUCCGGAACAGUUCGAUGCUCGAGAGCACUGGGACUAUUGUAAUUCACUGAAAAACAUUCGCGAUCAAUCAGCUUGCGGUUCGUGCUGGGCUUUUGGUGCUGUAGAAGCAAUGUCGGAUCGUAUUUGUAUUGCUUCAAAGGGAAAAAUUCAAGUUUCACUCUCUGCUGACGACCUUCUCAGUUGCUGCCAUAGCUGUGGUUUUGGUUGUGAUGGAGGUGAACCGACGGCUGCGUGGAAAUACUGGGUUAAACAGGGAAUCGUGACUGGAAGUAAUUUCACGCUGAAAGAAGGCUGUAAACCAUAUCCGUUCCCACCGUGUGAACAUCAUUCGAAUAAAACGCAUUAUGACCCGUGCAAACACGAUCUGUAUCCAACGCCGAAAUGCGAGAAAAAAUGUGUCAGCACUUACACGGCUAGAUCGUAUGAAGACGAUAAAUUUUACGGCAGUGAUUCGUACGGUGUUGAGGAUGAUGUGGAAUCCAUUCAGAAGGAAAUCCUUACUCACGGUCCGGUUGAAGUUGCGUUUGAAGUAUACGAUGAUUUCUUGGCGUACGACAGUGGCAUUUAUGUGAAUCAGCCUAGCGAAACACGUAUUCAAGACGAAGUUUUUCAGCAUACAGGUGGUAAAAUUGGUGGCGGUCAUGCAGUGAAAAUGCUUGGAUGGGGAGUGGAACAAGGCGUGCCCUAUUGGCUGGUUGCGAAUUCGUGGAAUACCGAUUGGGGUGAAAAUGGUCAGUGUUUUGGUGUCAUUUAG